ACAUUCUUCGGAAUGACCUCCAGUUAGCUGUUGAGCGUUAACAGUAUUAUUAUUCUCAAAAUUAGGUGCAGGUGUAUAGGUUGCGGUUUUGAGCAAAAGGCGGUUCAUCAACGGAUGCGAUUAUCGCAAGAUAAUUAUGUAUUAAUUGAAUCCCAUGCCCGUACAGAGGCUAUUUCAAGUCGUCGUCGGGUUUUUUAAGCAGUUUGCAGUUUACAUGUCAGUUAAACUGAGAUCACUUUCACUUCCCUACAAAGAGAAGACCUUGAAGCUUUGAACAGGUAAAAUCAGUCUCGAGGACAGUCGACCGAACACAAAACGAUUCAUUACUAAAUAGCCGUACAACGCCGAGUUGGGUUACAGUUACUUCAUUAUUGUUGUUUAAAUACAGAAUAUCGUCAUGAAAGGGUUGUUGCGGCAGUUGGUUGCGUAUCAAUAAUGCGAUUUAUUUGAGAGUGAGAGAGAGAGAUAGAGAAAAAAAGUACACGGUAAAAAUAAAAUGUAAAUUAAUUCUUGAGAUCUUACUAGAUAUAUUUGGAACACAGUUCCAGUCAGACAUUACGCGAUAGUGAAAGUGCUACGCCAUGCCUACUUUCCCUUGCUCGCAUAACGUAAUACCAUAAUACUAACAUAACAAUAGAUGCUUAUUACACACAAAGUCCACCGUGCGACGAAGGAACAACACCGCACCUCUUUCUCCGUGUGGUUCGAAUUUGCUGGCCGAAGCCGAUUUUAUUUUCAAACCGAGUCGGUUUAGCGGUUUAUGAUUAUGUAUGAGAAGGCGUCCGUUAGUAGGUUCGUUCGUUCGGAGGCAUCGAAAACGUAACGAUGAUGAUGUUGAUGAUGAUGAUGAUGAUGAUGAUGAUAGUUCGAUAACGAAACAGCAAAGUCGCGAAGAUCUGAGUCUCGGACGUGGCUCGGUUUUGAAAAUAAAAGUACGGCUGAAGGUCAAAAAUGGAAAAGAAAAAGAAGAAAAAACAUUAUUAGAUCUUUCUAUUCCCAGCGCUUGGUAUUGCAUCGGUAUUAUACAACCGUUCCCCCUCUUAUAUGAGCCAAGUAUUGUGAAAGUCCGGUUGUGGCCCCUGUUUGGGCCCCGCUCGCGACGAGUCUCCUUGGCGAAGCCGGUGAAAGCAAUUAUUGAACACGGUUGGAAUGCUGCUCGCUAGUCGCUGCAACAGCAAUGUGACGAAGGCAAAAUUAUUCACCACUCGCUUACGAGCUUUGAUACACUCAAAGUCGCCGAUGUAAAAGUAUUAUUGUUGCUAUUCGUGGCGAAAUGCAAAUAGUACAAGAUGACAAAAAAUGUGCUAAACCGCGCGCAGUCGCUUACUGCCUGUUCCUUUCGACCUUGAAAAUAGAGAAAGAGAAGUUACAAGUGAGCUAGCAAUAGGAAAAAAACUUGCGGUGUAGUGGGGAUUCAAGAGAAAAGAGGGGAAAGUAAAGGGAGAAAUUAAGAGUUAGUAGUAUUACGUUUGAUCCCGUGAGCAAAGCUGAUGGUAAUAUUUUGCAUCGGACCGCAGACUUUCGGGGGUGGCAGUGAUCGAGUUGCGACGCAAGACAUUUAACAGAAAUUCCUCGUUUCGGGAUUUGGGAAAACUUGCGUCGAUCAGCACCGCCAAAUAUUGUUGUAUUAUUUUGAAGGCUCGUGUUCGUUCACUUUUACUUUCAUUUGUGGCGCAACACGGUGUUGAGUCGUGCCCCAAAAAUAUAAUCCAAUCGACGCAAAGGCUUGCGAAUGCGAACGUUCGAACAUUGUAACAAUAUUAUUAAUGGUGGUGUGUAACCCAAGUGCUAAGUGUGGAGCAAUGGCUUGGUAUACUACUACUAGUAGUAGUAGUAGCAACAGUAGUAGUGGUGCAUACUCUGGUGCUCGCGACUGCCCUUCGGCAAUUACAGUCGCGGGUGCCGCCCUUUAGGACCACAUAAUCUCCGGGUUGUCCUUGACAAAAUUAGUGAAUUCGCCAUGUACUCGGAGGAACAGGAUUCCCACGGCUUAUUAACCUUGCAUUAUGGCAAACAUCAUGCAACUAUAGUGGACGAAAUUAAAACUUGUUUUGCAUCUGAGAACUUUGCCGAUAUGACAUUUAUAUGUGACGAUAAGACAACAUUGAACGCCCAUAAAUUAAUAAUGGCAGCAGCAAGUCCAUUAGUGCGUCGCAUCCUUGGGGAGAGUGCCCAUGCUCACGGGCCAAGUGUAGUACUCAUCCCAGGAAUAAAAAGUUGCCACCUCCGACAUCUGCUUGAUUUUCUCUACAACGGUCAAGCUUGCGUUAAGUCCAGCGAGUUAGACAGCAUACAAGAACUGUUCGAAUUACUGCAAAUUAAAUCGGACAUGUGGCAGUCUUCGACAUCAGAAGAGGCCGCUAAAUGUCAAGCCGAGUUGGAUAGCAGUAAUUGGAUAACAGCAGAAAAUGACAAUCGCGAUUUGGUAUUAGUUAAGAAGGAAACCGAUGACGACGAGAAAGAAGAAGGCGAAAUAAAAGACGAUGACGAAGACGACGCGUUAGAAGAUAACAACACUUCGGACGACGGUGACGACGGUCUUUCGCCAAACCCAGUUAAUUUAUCGUUAAACACUAAAAGCCUCGAGGAUGACAAAGACAACGACGAUAAUGUCUCGGAGCAUUUGGAUAAGACAAACACUGAAACAUUAAAAAUUGGUCAAACGACGGUGAAGAUAGCCCCAAAAGUCCACGAACUGUCACAAUUCCAUCAUCAUCGAAUGAAACGAAAAAGCAUGUAUAUCGAACCCAUUGAUCUGAAACAUCAAGAAGAGCUUUCCCAACUGAAACAACCCAUAGCCGAUCCAAAACUAAUUUCUUUGGUGCAGAGUCCCGACAAUUAUGUCGUUACGCCUCAUCGAAAGCGCCGCCCUGGUUUUCAUAAUUCACCGGCUCAGAAUCCGCCCUUUGUUCCGUUUUCACCUUCAUCAUACAUAGACGACACCGUCGUCCAUCACCAUCAGCAUCAUAGGUACAAGAAUUUGCCGCCAUUGAUCGCAGCCCAUCAUCCUUUGUCUCUGUCUGCACCACCGUUUCUGGUGGAUCGAACGUCGCGUACGCCCACCCCCGGCCAGCAACAUUCCGACACGUCAGGGGGACCUUCUGACAAUAUAGUUGUUAAAUACCGACCGCCGAGUGCCGAUCAAAGUUUGACAACGUCGGACGCUUAUCAAAAUUUUGAACAUACGUGGGGUGCCGCCUGGUCGCUGUGUCAGACCCAGAUUAACCCGUCGACGACGAUCAACGAAGACUCGAGGGAUGCAUCGGCGUCAUUUUCAGCUAGCAGUGGUAGUGGUGGAGGUGGUGGUGGUAGUGGCAGUGGUGGCGGCGGUGCUGGUGUCGGUGGCGGUAGUGGCGGCGCGGGUGGUGGUGGCGGCAACGAAACUGCUGAAAGUUCGUCUCAUGUUCCUGUGAGUACUAAGCAAGUCUUACCUACUGUGCAGGUUCGAGAGUAUCGCUGUGAAUAUUGUGGAAAACAGUUCGGAAUGUCGUGGAAUUUAAAGACGCACUUACGCGUACACACGGGGGAGAAGCCCUUCGCGUGCCGAUUGUGUGUGGCUAUGUUUAAACAGAAGGCGCAUUUACUCAAACAUUUGUGUUCUGUGCACAGAAAUGUUAUAUCGUCCAACGAUGGAAAUUCGGGGCGAUUCACUUGCUGUUUCUGUCCGCUCACGUUUGAAUCGCUUCCCGAAUUAAUUAGGCAUUUAUCAGGACCUCACAACAACUUGCUUCUAAGUAAAAAUAUGCACGAGCUUAAAUAACAACAUUCCAUUAUUUAGAUGAGGUCGUAUAUGAUAUUGUUUUUGAGAACGACCGCAUCGUCACGAAGUCGUCGUUCGUCGUUCUACAUUGUGAUAUAAAUAUUACUCCCAAUUGUGCCUUUCCUGUGUAUAUUGUGUGAACUUAGGUGUAACCCAACAACCCUCAGGGAUGUAGUCUAUAGUUUUAGCCCCGAGGUCAGGCACCACCGUCAAAGAAAUGUGGGACCAGAUGUGCCUCCAAUAUCAUUGGUGUCCUUUUUGUGUUAUAAUAGUUUUAUAACUUAGACCUAAUCUCGACCGAUGUUGUGUUCAAUGAUUUUGCGUACCUAAUCAAGCUGUGCGUGGUGUGUAUGACAGGUGACCUGAACUGCUUUUUUCUAUUUUAGUGUGAUCAGUUACUAUUAAUUGAUCGUUACGAAACAAAUUAACGCUACAUAAAUGUCCACAGUUAUAUACAUCACAAAUGGAUGCAUAUUAUACGGUACAUCAACCAAAAAUGCUAUGUUAAUAACAUAAAAAAUUCAUUUUUGAUUCAAGCAUUUUUAGUUUAUGUACGCAAGUUUGUACAUUUAUCUGAAUUAUAAAAGUUUUUACUACAAAACUGGAUAUGAACGUAUAUUUUUUAUAUACACACCAAAGAAGUAAAAAUUAGAUCAUGUUAACUGGAUAUAAUCACUCUAAUUAACUUAUUCAUUUUUUUUUUUUAAAUUCUUGUGUUUUUAUUUUGUUUCUCGAUGAAAUAAGAACCUCAAACAUAGUAGCUUUUAUUUUAUCAAUUUCUACAAGAAUUUCGCUUAUUGGCAAUCGUUGUUGACAAAAAUUUGAUUCGAAGAAUUUUUAGCUUUUACGUCCAUCGAAAACUUUGGCGUUUUAAACAGAAGUUGGUACAAAUGUGGUAACAUUGUAGAUUUGUUAGUUUUAUUAAUUGUACAUAAUAGAUUGUAAAUGCUGUAUUUACAACAAUAAAACACUUUUUACGAU